AUGUGGGUGAUUGGGCAAUUACCCGCAAGUAAGCAGCGCAUGGAGUUAUGGCAUUUCGUGCGCACGUACAAGGAGCAGGAAGAGCAAUUCAGGGCGAACCUCUCCGACUUCAGAGAUGUCGUGAGGGCCUUCGGCGAGGCCGAGGCGCUGCACACCGUGCUCGGCCUGACGCUCGCAGUGGGAAACUACCUCAACGGCGGCACCAACAGGGGGCAGGCAGAUGGCUUCGACCUCGAAGCCUUGGAAAAGAUUGAGAGCAUCAAGGACCCUGAGGGCAACGACAUCAGGAGCUUCAUAUUCCGGGUACUCUUCGAGGAGAUGGCGGAGAAAGCUGCCGAGUUCGUGGAAGAGAUGAACCCAUUGUUCAUGAACGUCUCCAGGCGGUUGGCCAAAGACUCCAGCGGGACGGAGAAGUUGUCGAAGUCCGCCCGCAUCACUUACGAGGAUUUUGAUAAUUGCGUGAAGGUGCUGGAGCAGGAGUUCAACAAGCAGAACGAGAUCAUGACCAUGAUCUUGCAGCACUGCGAGGACCCCGCAGACCCCUUCAGGCUGCGCAUGCCCCAAGAGUUCGCGGAGGCGAAGAGCUCCAUCGAGUCUCUCGUCAAGUUGAAGGACGAAGUCAAGCAGCAUUACACGGAGCUCUUGAAAUACUUCAACGUCAAGUCCAUGAAGAGCAGCGAUUUCUGCUUGCUGCGUCCUCGGCAUUGCUGCGCCAUCUGGGAAUUUCGGCCCAGGGCUCUCCCUGGAAGAGUUCAUGGAGCCCGCGUUUUGCCGCGGCAAGCCCCUCAAUGUCGGCCAGCUCGAGGUAUUGUGGAAGUUCAAGGAGCCCGCCCAGGCGAUGAAGGCGGCCCACCAGGCCCCGAAGAAGCGCCACGGGAAGAGGCCCAACCGCUUCGCCCGCAAGGCCACCAAGAGCGGGACCAGGACCCUCGACGCAGACGGCGGAGGGCGACACAGCACUUCCGGGGCCGCGCCGCCCAGCGGCGGCGUCGCGCUCCCGAAGCUGGGCGGCAAGGGCGGCCCGCCGAAGGGCAAGGGGAAGGGGCCGCCCGCUACGAAGGCCGCCGCGCCGGCCCCCGGAGGCGGAGCCGCCCCCGUCGACGAAGCGGCGGCGGUCCAGGAGGCGCCGCCGUCGGCGCCCACGCCGAAGCCGCCCUCGGCCAAGGGCAAGGGCAAGGGGCCGCCGGCGCCGCCCGCCGCGAAGGCCGCGGCGCCCGAACCCGCAGGCGAACUUGCCCCCGCUACCGCGGAAGAAGCACCCGGGUCGGCUCUCGAGUCGCCGCCGCCAGCGCCGACGCCGAAGCCGUCGCCGACGAAGGGCAACGGCAAGGCCAAGGGGCCGCCACCGCCGAGGGCCGCCCAGCCGCAAGGCCUCGGCGC